AUGCUUACUACAGAUCCAGAUACUUCUAAGCACUUACUGGCAGAUAUGGAGUCUGCCAAGCACCAACAGAAACCUAAAAGGAAGUUCAGAUGGAGAGUGGAAGACCAUGAUUCUCCUAAAGAAAUUUACAACAAAGCAUUAUAUUUAUCGGUGAUGGUUUUUGGCAUUUUGGGUGCUGCUCGUGGUCUUGACGAAGGUAAUAUUGGGUCUAAUAUAAGCUUGCCUUCGUUUAGAGAAAGAUUCGGCUUUAAUGACCCCACCAAGAGUGAAGGUGAAAUUGCCGAUUUAAAAUCCAACAUUGCAUCUAUGGUACAGUUAGGCUGUGUGGGUGGUGCCCUUCUUGCCGUGGUUACAGUUGACCGUUUGGGUAGAGUAAAUGCUCUCAGACAAGUCUGUGUUCUCUGGGCUAUUGGCGUAAUUAUCCAAAUCACUUCAUCCAAUGUUGGCCAAUUAUACGCUGGAAGAAUCAUCGAAGGUCUCGCUGUGGGCCAGACCACCACCAUUGGGCCCACCUACUUGGCAGAAGUUGCUCCCAAACAGAUCAGAGGUCUUUGUGGAUGCAUCUUUGCCGGAGCAGUGUACCUCGGUGUUAUGCUACUGUGUUUUGCUAACUACGGUACUGCGUUACACAUUUCUGGCUCGUCCCAGAAACAAUGGAUCAUUCCCACCUCCCUAAAAAUCAUCUUUGCUGGUGGGUUGUUGAUCCUUACUUUCUUGUUUUGCAUUGAAUCUCCCAGAUGGCUCAUGAAGGUUGGAAGACAUGAAAAGGCUUAUGAGGCUCUUUGUAAGCUCAGAGCGCUACCUAAAGACCAUCCACUCAUUAUUGGUGAAAUCAAUGAUAUCAAUGAACAAUUAUUGAUGGAAAAGGAAGCACAAGAGGGCAACAGCGCUCUUCUCAUUGUAAAGGAAUUCGUUCGUGUCAAGGCAAAUAGAUACAGAUUGUUGGUCAUCGCAAUUCCCGCUCAGUUGCUUGGACAAUGGUCUGGCUCUAAUGCUGUUACUGUUUAUGCGCCUGAAUUGUUUGGAGUGAUCGGCGUUCAUGGAGUCGAGACUUUGAAAAUGACUGCCAUUGCUGGUGUGGUGAAAUUUAUUUCAGCUUAUUUGGGUGCAUUUUUUAUUAUUGAUGCCUUGGGAAGAAAGACUUCCAUGUAUGUGGGAAUCACUCUUCAAUUCAUUUGUGAAUUAUACUAUGCCAUAUUCUUAAACAUUGUGCCAGACAUUGAAGAUUCUCUUGAAGGGUCAAAGAAAAGAGCUUCUCAAGGUGCCGUGGCAGCUAUUUUCCUUUCGGGUACUGGUUGGGUUAUUGGUUUCAAUGCCCUUCAGUACCUUAUGGGAUCUGAAAUCUUUCCCUUGAGAAUUCGUUCUGUCGCUAACUCUUUGGUAAUGGUUUUACAUUUUGCCAAUCAAUACGGUAACUCCAAAGCACUUCCAGAGAUGAUGAUUGCAAUGAAACCAUACGGUGCAUUUUAUUUCUUCUCAGGAGUUUUGGUGAUUUCGUUAUUCUGGGUAUGGUUCUUCGUUCCAGAGGUCGCAGGACGCUCUUUGGAGAGUAUUGACGAUAUCUUCAACCUACCAUGGCACCAGAUUGGAAGAAACGGACCAAAGCUUUGUCCUGAUUUUUCAGAAACCAGCAGGAUGCAUUUUGAUAAUGGCAUGAUGGUGUAUGAUGAUAAAGCUGGGUCAGAACAUAAUGUGGAAAAUGCCAGCCUGGGCAGGAGAGAAGAUGACGAGGAAUCCUUGAAAGACCCCAAGAAAGAAGAGGAGAUACACUAG